AGCCAGCAACGCCUUAGCGGGAUUCUGCCUUCUUCCCUCCUGCAUCCUCGCUCCAUCUCUACCAGCAACAUGAGCCGCCAGUUCACCUGCAAGUCUGGAGCUGCCUCCAAGGGGGGUUUCAGUGGCUGCUCGGCAGUGCUUUCUGGAGGCAGCUCGUCCUCCUACAGGGCAGGGGGCAAAGGGCUCAGCGGGGGCUUUGGCAGUCGGAGCCUCUACAGCCUGGGAGGCACCCGGAGCAUUUCCCUCAACGUGGCCAGUGGCAGUGGGAAGAAUGGAGGCUUUGGAUUUGGCAGAGGUCGGGCCAGUGGCUUUGCUGGCAGCAUCUUUGGCAGUGUGGCCCUGGGGCCUAUGUGCCCAACUGUGUGCCCACCCGGAGGCAUCCACCAGGUCACCGUCAAUGAGAGCCUCCUGGCUCCCCUCAACGUGGAGCUGGACCCCGAGAUCCAGAAAGUGCGUGCCCAGGAGCGGGAGCAGAUCAAGGCACUGAACAACAAGUUCGCCUCCUUCAUUGACAAGGUACGGUUCCUGGAGCAGCAGAACCAGGUGUUGGAGACCAAGUGGGAGCUGCUGCAGCAGCUGGACCUGAACAACUGCAAGAACAACUUGGAGCCCAUCCUCGAGGGCCACAUCAGCAACAUGCGGAAGCAGCUGGAGACCCUGUCCGGGGACAGGGUGAGGCUGGACUCGGAGCUGAGGAAUGUGCGAGAUGUGGUGGAGGACUACAAGAAGAGGUAUGAGGAGGAGAUCAACAGGCGGACAGCUGCGGAAAAUGAAUUUGUGCUGCUCAAGAAGGAUGUGGAUGCAGCUUAUGCCAACAAGGUAGAGCUCCAGGCCAAGGUGGACUCCAUGGAGCAGGACAUCAAGUUCUCCAAGUGUCUCUUUGAGGCUGAGAUGGCUCAGAUCCAGUCCCACAUCAGUGACAUGUCCGUCAUCCUCUCCAUGGACAACAACCGCAACCUGGACCUGGACAGCAUCAUCGACGAGGUCCGCGCCCAGUAUGAGGAGAUCGCCCUGAAGAGCAAGGCUGAGGCCGAGGCCCUGUACCAGACCAAGUUCCAGGAGCUGCAGCUGGCAGCUGGCCGACAUGGAGAUGACCUUAAAAACACCAAGAAUGAAAUCACAGAGCUGAAUCGGUUCAUCCAGAGACUCCGCUCAGAGAUUGAUAAUGCAAAGAAGCAGGCUUCUAGCCUGGAAACAGCCAUUGCGGAUGCUGAGCAGCGAGGGGACAAUGCCCUUAAGGAUGCCCGGGCCAAGCUGGACGAGCUGGAGGGAGCCCUGCACCAGGCCAAGGAGGAGCUGGCCCGGAUGAUGCGUGAAUACCAGGAGCUCAUGAGCCUGAAGUUGGCCCUGGACAUGGAAAUCGCCACCUACCGCAAGCUGCUGGAGAGUGAGGAGUGCAGGAUGUCGGGAGAAUAUCCUUCCCCUGUCAGCAUCUCCAUCAUCAGCAGCACCAGUGGCAGUGGAGGCUACGGCUUCCGUCCCAGCACAGUCAGCGGCGGCUAUGUGGCCAACAGCACCAGCUGCAUCUCCGGAGUGUGCAGUGUCCGCGGUGGGGAGAGCAGGAGCCGGAGCAGUGCCAACGAUUACAAGGAUACCCUGGGGAAGGGCUCUAACCUGAGCUCCCCCUCCAAGAAAGGCAGUCGGUAAAGAGGGCAACCCGUGCCCUCCAUCACCCAGGACCCCAGCUCUGGCUUCCACGCUGUGUGCCACUCCCAUCAACCCCUCCUCCACCCUGCUGGUCCUGCUCCUGACCCCUGCUUCUGGCCUUGGCUAAUUGCUUCACUUCUUCUGCCUGAGCCUGCUGAGCCUGGCAGGUCUGGACGGCCAAGCCCAGUGCAAUUCCUUCCAGCACACCCCCGGACUCACCAUCCCCCAGCUACUCCAGCCUCUCCUCCUCUGCCAGCCUCUGUCUCAACACCACCCUGGGCCUCAGAUGGAAACACCCUCACAUGCUGGACUUUUGUCUCAGCUCCUGCCUCCGCUAGGAGGUGGCUCUGUGUUCAAGAGGAAGAGGACUGAGAACAACUGACCAAGAGUGGCCCAGGUCCCCACCUCCCCGCUCAGUCCCAUGCUUCAUUCUGAAUGGGACCAAGCACAACUCCGGGUCUCCUUCUUCACUGUACUCACAAACAGAGAAGAGGAGACACGGUUCCCUUCUGUGUUCUUUAAGACCCUUCCUGUUGCAUCUCAAUAAACAGCACAAUCUGAA